GUACUAGUACCAGACUGCCAGCAGUAAUCAAUGAAGCGAGAAACAGUAUCUCAGGAGCUUGAUUCAGAACUGUUCUUCCUCCCCUUUUUCUCACGCUAAACAAAUACUUCAUCAACUUUAUCUUGUUGCUUGUUUUUCUUAGAAUACGCUAAACUUUCUUGAUCCAAUCAAUCUCAUGCCGCCAUCUUGUUAGUCGAGAAAGAAGGGGGGAAAUGGGGACUAGAUUCUUCCUUAUAUUUCUCUCUCUGGGCCUUCUUCUUCUCAUGCUCAUGGAUGGCAUCCCUGCUCAGAGACCAGGUUUUGUAAGUCUAGAUUGUGGUGGUAACGAUAACUUCAGAGAUGAGCUCGGUCUUGAGUGGACUCCAGAUUCUCAAAUGGUGAAUGGAGAAUUGGCUAAUAUAUCUGUUGCAAAUGAGACAAGGUUACAAUACCAGACGUUGAGAUAUUUCCCAGCAGAUGACAGAAAGUAUUGCUACUCACUUAAUGUCACUGUGAGGACCAGAUAUCUUGUAAGGGCAACUUUCUUAUACGGAAACUUUGAUAACAACAAUGUAUAUCCGAAGUUUGACAUCUCUCUUGGGGCUACCCAUUGGGCUACAAUAGUUAUUUCUGAUGCUAGUACAAUAGAGUACCAAGAGUUGAUAUUUCUGGCCACUGAUCCCAGGAUAAGUGUCUGCUUAUCAAAUGCCACCACUGGGCAGCCAUUCAUCUCGACACUUGAGCUUCGACAAUUUAAUGGCUCAAUGUAUCUGACUCCAAGCGAAAAUAGUAACUUUCUAAGUGUCUCCGCAAGAAUAAAUUUUGGUGCUGAUAGUGAUGCUCCUAUCAGGUAUCCUGAUGACCCAUUUGAUAGGUUAUGGGCAUCAGACACCAUUAAGAAAGCAAAUUACCUUGUUGAUGUUGCUGAUGGAACUGAAAAAGUGUCGACCACAAAGCCAAUUUAUGUAGGCUCAACCGAAUUGCCUCCUCAAAAAGUAAUGCAGACAGCUGUAGUUGGCAGGAAUGGUUCAUUAACAUACCGCCUGAACCUGGAUGGCUUCCCUGGUUUUGGUUGGGCAUAUACCUAUUUCGCAGAGAUUGAGGACUUGGGCCCUCGUGACACUAGGAAAUUCAGGCUAGUACUCCCUGGAUAUCCUGAUAUUAGCAAGGCAGUUGUUGAUAUCCAAGAGAAUGCCCAUGGGAAAUAUCGUGUUUACGAGCCUGGAUAUGACAACCUGUCGUUCCCCUUUGUGCUAUCUUUUAGAUUUGGGAAGACAUCGGAUUCUACAAUGGGUCCUCUCUUGAAUGCAAUGGAAAUAAACAAAUAUCUGGAGAGAAAUGAUGGCUCCUUGGAUGGACCCGUAAUUGCUGGUUUCAUUUCACGUUUUGCAUCAUUACUGUGGGCGCAAGAGGGUGGCGAUCCAUGCUUGCCAGUUCCAUGGUCCUGGCUCCAAUGUGACUCAAGUCCCCGCCCAAGGAUUACAUCAAUAAAAUUGUCUGGUAAAAAUCUGACUGGAGGUAUUCCAUCAGAGUUUACGAGGCUGAGCAGUUUAACUGAACUAUGGCUUGAUGGGAAUUCACUGACCGGUCCAAUACCUGAUUUUAGUGGGUGCCCAAACUUGCAGAUAAUACAUCUCGAGAACAAUCAGUUGACUGGAGAGCUGCCUUCCUCUAUAGCAGUCCUUCCGAAUUUAAGAGACCUGUACGUGCAGAACAACAUGUUAUCUGGGGACAUACCAUCUGCUCUCCUUGAUAAGGAUCUGAAUUUCAACUAUACGGGAAAUAUUAAUCUCCGUAAAGGGAGCAGUGGAAGGAGUCGUAAGAAAAUAAUUAUCGGAUCAUCAGUUGGUGCUGCUGUUCUUCUUAUUGCUACAAUCGCUUCUUGCAUAUUAAUAAAGAAGGGAAAGAAAAGCCGCCCUAAGCAAGGCAAAUUUGAACAAGUUUUACCUCCUCAAAGACUCGUCUCUACCUUGGAUGGCACAGCAACAGAAGCGGCACAUUGCUUUACAUUAUCUGAGAUCGAAGAGGCCACUAGGAAUUUUGAGAAAAAGGUUGGCUCAGGAGGCUUUGGGGUCGUAUACUAUGGAAAAUUGAAAGAUGGAAGGGAAAUUGCAGUCAAAGUUCUUACGAAUAAUUCUUUUCAGGGAAAGCGAGAGUUUUCGAACGAGGUGUCUCUUCUUUCUAGGAUACAUCACAGAAAUCUUGUACAGUUUCUUGGAUAUUGCCAGGAAGAUGGGAAAAGUGUUCUUGUUUAUGAGUUCAUGCAUAGCGGGACACUUAAGGAACAUCUUUAUGGCCCGCAAAUACGUGAUCGAAGUAUCAACUGGAUCAAGCGUUUAGAGAUUGCUGAAGAUUCUGCGAAAGGGAUUGAGUACCUUCAUACUGGAUGUGUCCCGUCCAUCAUCCACAGAGAUCUGAAAACCAGCAAUAUUCUUCUUGACACGAACAUGAGAGCAAAGGUUUCGGAUUUUGGUCUCUCGAAGAUUGCAGUAGAUGGUACUUCUCACGUUUCAAGCAUAGUCCGGGGAACUGUAGGGUACCUGGAUCCCGAGUACUAUAUAUCGCAGCAGUUGACAGACAAAAGCGACGUCUACAGUUUUGGAGUCAUUCUCCUGGAGCUAAUAUCCGGUCAAGAAGCAAUCUCCAACGAAAAGUUUGGUGUUAACUGCCGCAACAUAGUCCAAUGGGCAAAACUGCAUAUCGAGAGCGGGGAUAUUCAAGGCAUCAUCGACCCCGCCUUGCGAAAUGAGUACGACAUCCAGUCCAUGUGGAAGAUAGCCGAGAAAGCCCUGAUGUGCGUGCAGCCCCACGGGAGCAUGAGGCCCUCCAUCUCGGAAGUUAUCAAGGAAAUCCAGGACGCCCUCGCCAUUGAACGAGGAGCAGAAGUGGUAAGGGAAGGUAGUUCGGAUGAUAUAUCUAAGCAUUCCGUGCAUUCAUCCCUGAACCUGGGCUCCAUUGAUCUUGGCGUGGGCGAGCAUUACCUCUCCAUUGAUGAAUCCAUCGCUCGCCCAACUCCUCGUUAGAUCUUCGUUUCGUAUAUAUAUCAAUCAGUAGGUUGGAUCUUGUUCAUACAUUGGUUUUCUGUUUCGUUUUUCUUGAUGUUGCAUUCUUGCCCAAUUCUUUUUGGCUGCAAAUUAGCAGAAUUGUUAAUCCUUUUCUGAGUAUAUAUUUGACUCCAUUGUUAUGCUACUCUCCCCGUCAAGCUAACAUCUUAUCUUACUUGACAUGAUGAGAUUUUAAUGGAGAAUAUCUUUUGAUGUCCUCA